UUCUUCUUUAGGUUUCAGAGAAGCGUGUUGGAUCUCUCUUUACAGUGGAGAUUUGCCAGACUGCCCAACAAUGCCAAGCUGGAGAUGGUACCAGUCUCCAAUAGAGUGGGAAUUGGAAACACGGUUCGGAUCGCAUUGCAACUAGAUGAUGGCUCCCGUUUACAGGACACCUUUCUCUGUCAACAGACUUUGUGGGAACUUCUCAACCAUUUUGCAAAGAUCAGGGAGUUUAUGGAACAGCAUGGUGAAUUCUCUCCAGUCUGUAUUUACAUGCGAGAUGAGAUAUCAGGAAAAGAUGCCCUAGAGAAGACAACACUGAAGUCACUUGGCCUGACUGGAGGCAAUGCCAUCAUCAGAGUUGUCAUGAAGAAAUGCAGUUCAUCUGGUCAGGAGGAAGCUGUGGGUGCCACGGUGCAGUGUAAUGAGCUGACAGCGAGGCCAGUCUCUAUUGAAGGAGCAGUGGAUGUGCCCCUACCUCAAGCAAACACAUUCCCAAAGGACUUGGACCACAAGGAUGUGGCCAUGUCUUCCAACAGCUGCACAGAUGAACAAGACUCGAUUAGAGAAUCUCAUGCCAGCUUGGAGGAGCAGGGGCCUUCCUCAAAACCUGAAUGUACCCCAUUUGUCCCUUUUUCUGGAGAUGGACAGCGUCUGGGUGACUCUUCUGUAGCUGCACCAUCUCUUGGGUUAGAUAUGCCCUCUUCAAAGCUGCCAACAACUUUUUCGAGCCCUGGAGGCCCUUCUAAGCCAAAGAAGUCUAAGAACAGCCAAGAACUGCAAAAGGAGCAAGAACAGCUUGCAGAACGAGAGCCACUUGUAUGUCACCUAGACCUACUAGAACCACUUCCUGCUGGCCCAGAGGAGCUUCCCGAUGAGUUUUUUGAAGUCACGGUGGAUGAUGUACGGAAACGUCUGGCACAGCUGCAGAGUGAGAGGAAACGCCUGGAAGAAGCUCCACUGAUGACACAAUCUUUGAGGGAGGCUCAGCUGAAGGAAAAGUUAGAGCGUUACCCAAAGGUGGUGUUGAGAGUCCAUUUUCCAGACCGUCAUGUUCUGCAGGGGUUCUUCCAUCCUAGUGACACUGUUGGCAUUUUGAGAGACUUUGUAAGAAGCCACCUUGCAGAUGCAGACUUGCCAUUUUACUUAUUUAUUGCACCUCCCAGAAUCAUCUUGAACGAUGACAGUGUGACACUCUUCAAG